AAUGAACCCCUUCUUGAUUGAAAUCUAGCUUUGAAAUCAAACGGUUUGAUGUGAAAUGACGUGAAAUGCUUGAAUGAAUUGGAAUAAUUUCAAUUCGAUGGAUUAGUAAUUCUAGUUGUUGUUAUUGUUAUUGUGAUUAUGAUUGUGAUGAUGUGUAUUUUAUGUUUUAUUUAUUUAUGUGUGUUGUUUGUGACUUGUGUGUGUUUGUGCCUUUGUUUUUGUAUGUUGUGUGUGCUUAUAUGUCUCUGCGUGUCUCUAUGUGUGUGCAUAUCAAUGCCUUGUAUCUAUGUUUUGUGUAUGUGCGCUGUCUUCGUCUCUAUGUUUAUGCAUUUGCUCAGUUUUUAUGUUUGUCUAUGUGUUACUUUGCAAGUGAUGUGUUUGUGCCGGUGUCUCUCCAUGUGUAUGCCCUGCCUUUAUCUUUGUAUCUACGUUUGUCUUUACUUGUGUAUGUGUAAUUUAUAUGUGUUUGGAUGUCUCUUUGUUUGUGUCUAGUUUAUGUUUUUAUCUGUAUGUGUAUGUAUCUCUCUCACUCCCUCUGUGUGGGUGUGUUUGUGACUUUGUUGGUCUGUGUUAUGUCUAUAUUUGUUUGUUUAUGUUUGUAUGUGCUAUUUAUCUGUCUUUGUGUAUGUGUGCAUUGAUAUAUUUAACUUUAAAAAUGUAUUGAUGUUUAGGAAACUUACCAUUGCUAUGAGAUUACAAGUAAAUGAAAUUCAGGACCUCUUUUUUCCUUCUCAAUUUCAUUCAGUAUAUAUGGCCACACGAGCAUGAAAAGCUUUCACAAGUUGAGCUGUUGGUUGUUGAAGAAACUGCUGCUAUUCCACUGCUGGUGGUUACCUCAUAGUGAGUGUGAUCUAUACUAUGUUAAUCGGGAUAUUCUUUUUUCCUAUCACAAAGAUUGUGAAUUGUUUUUGCAGCGAAUUAUGGCCAUAUAUGUUGUAUCGCAUUACAAGAAUUCUCCAAAUGAUCUUCAACUGAGUGUAGAUGCUCCAGCACACCAUCUUUUUUUGUAUUACUUGGACCUGUUGAUGAAUCGAAGAAUUAUCUUCCUGAUAUUUUGUGUCAUCCAGGUUUGCCUUGAGGGGUCAAUAUCUCAUCAGUCAGCAAUCCAAAGUUUGAGCAAUGGUCAUAAACCUUUUGGAGAUCAAAUACCAUGGAAAUUCUGUGAGCAUUUUCGAGACACAGUUUUUCCCUCACUUUCAGCUUGGAUAUGGUUCACAAGCAGUUGAACGUUUAAUACGAGGACAGCACAAGCAUAUCAAAGAAAAGAAGAUGCUUCUUGAUACACAGUGUUUCUUGAUACAUAUUUAAUUAGAUUGCGGGAUUUAUAGCAAGUUUGCAACUCCUCAGGCUCAAGAUAAUGCUAUGUGCAAGUGUUAGAGAUCUGUUGAGGUCUUUGAAGAUAAUCAUGAGUGUGAAGCUAAAAGUCAUUGCACCAUUGCAAGCACGAAUGGUAUCUAUGAGGUAGUUUCAU